CGUCAUCCGUUUCCGAUCCGAUCGAGGAAAUUGCGUGUACUCGAUCGAGCGAGAAAGGAUCGUUAAUUUUCGUUGGGAAAUCUGCCGGCAAAGAUCAGGUUCGAGGGCGCGACGGUGACCGAAAUUCGAUCGAACUCUAACCUGCCGUUUGUACGUCACCCGCUGUCCUGACGUUUCCAACGACGACCUUGUGAACUCGCUCGCGUCUCUGUGUGCGUGUGUUUACGCGUAGUACGUUUGUGUGCAACCGGCGACUCGCCGCGAGUUCCUGUCGAGUCGGUAUCGCAUUUUUUUUACGUCGCAAAAUCGUUUCGUUGACGUUCCGUUCUUGGAGUACAGUUUUUUGGGGCCGCAAGCAGAUAGCGAAGCGAUUUCGAUAAUACGCGAUAACUUUUCGAUAGUCCAAUUGAUCGAUAGUCCAAAGCUCAAUUAUUACUUAUUUAAACAGAAUCGCCAAAAUAAAGCAUUCCUAGUCAGUAGAAGUUUUGCGCGACUUCUGUGAGAUUUUCACAGAAAUGGAAGAGAAAGGAAGAGACAGUUGGCAGUAAUUGACACAAAUAUUAAAUCGCAAUUGCAAUGCGGGUACAGUACAGCUGCACUGGCGAAGGUCAAUUGCCUUAAGCCCAUAUCACACUACGGUGAUUGAGAAUUCCGAAUUGUGUGAAAAUUCACUUUAAAAUUUAAAAUUGUAAAUAAUUACAAUCCUUAAUUCGUAAUCUUUUUAAUGCAUAGUAUGAUCUGAUAAAGACUUUACUCUUUAUUCUCUUAAUUUAGAUGAAGAUUGUAGGCGAAUAAAGAUAGACAUCAGUUUCUCUCUGCGGUUUAAAAUAACGCAAAAAUUAAAAUAAAUACGAGUUUGAUUGACGGUGUUAGGAGAGAAGGGGUUUCAGAUUAAACGUUUGUUGAAUCUUGCCAAAGUCACGAGUCGUUUUCGCGGGACUUCUGUUCCUUUUCAUUUCAAUCUGACGUUUGAGUUGAAUGCGAAAUCAGACGUCGCGCCGGCUUUUAGCCGUAAACACACGUCGCUAAGUAUGAACAAGAAUCCACCGUGAGUUGGAUCGAUAAACCGGUUUACCGAAGGUUUCCGUGAAGUUCCAAGAACUUUUGUUAUACAUCUUCGCCACGCUUCCGCGCUUUCAUCGAUCGCAAAAAUAAGCGAAGUACUCCGGCGAGGAGGUCGAUGAACCAAUCAGAGCGCUCGAUCGGCUCUAGUUUUUCCUCUCCUUUUCUCUUUCUCUUUCUCUCUUCACGACUUUAGCCUACUUUUUCUGUUUUAUGCCCGCCGCUAUAACUUAAAUAGAACGAACGGAAGUGCGUUCCGGGGGAGGAUUAAAUCGCGAAUGACAUAAAUAUUGGGGUAAUUUCGAGAUACCCCGUGGAGAGCAGAUUGCGCAAGACCGUUAGCAAGAAUUAGCGACAGUCUCUUAAUUAGCGCGCUAAGUUUCCAACAAUUUCGUUCGGUUACAGCUGUACAUGAAUAUAUACUGUGGAGAAAGUCUUGAUUAAAUUCGAUCAACAAUGAUUAUCAGUAUUGCCUGUAAAUAAAUAAAUUAAUUAAUAAUAAUUAUUAUUAUAUAUAUUUGUUUAUAUGCAAUCCUUCUAAAAUUCUUGGUAGAUUUGUUGAAAGAUAUUUUACAAUACCAGCUUAAAGUUAUAGAAAUGGAAAAAUUGCAGAUUUUGUUUUAUUCAUUAAUUUUUUUAAUUAAUGAGAAAUUUUGGUCAUAAAAUUUGGCUUAUAAUAGUUAUGUAGUAAAAAUAUAGUAAGAAUGACCAUAUUUUGCCGCAGCUGUUUUAAAUAGAAAACUUUUCAACAGAUAAGUAGAUCCGAAUGAAAUCUUGUACGAUUAUUUAUUAGAAAUUUUAUUAGCAGUUUUAUCAGAGUUUUAUUAGCAUAUGUAAAAUCUUCGAUUUAGCUCGUGAUAUGCUGCUUCCUCAUCAAACUUGUAAAUAAAUGGUAUAAUUUACAUGAGAAUCAAGAUGAAACAAAAAAUUAAAUAAAUUUGAAAUUAAUAAGAGAGUUAUACUUAUGUAUACAUUUUACAUAGAUACCUAAAGGCAAUAAUAAAACAAUUUAAGAAAAAAAGUUUAUUUUUGUAUAAUGAGAGAUGUGAGAUAUCCUUAAAUAUUGCCACUGGAGUGCCUCUGGUUUUUUAUUAAAAAAUUUUUUCCUUCUUUUUUUCUCUUGAUUAUGAAUUUCUAAUGCAUAGAAUCGCAACAUCAAGUUAUACUUCACGAUGGAGAACCAAGGCCACCUGUCCGUUCCCUCUUUUCCUUUCCUCUUCUCCCUCUCUUUCUGCUCCUUCCUCUUGCCCCCUCACACCUCUGGUUUCCUGCUCAGGUAGAGCAAGAACAGCGUCUCGAUUUCUCUGUAAACGUGGUGGCGUCCUCCUCGCGAUCGACAACAUCGACGUCGUUCUCGAGAACGCAGCUGUUAGUCGUGUGUGCACGUCGAUACACGUGGUCGCGUCUUGUGAAACCGUCACGAAUUGCAUUAAAUUAAUUAUGCAUCGCGACAUAAAUCUGAAACUCGAUCUUGUUGGAAGGAAAGCUGAUCGUGCGAAGAUCAUGAAAGGCAACAUGGCGAAUCCUGAACAAUCUGUAGAUGCAAAGUCUAUCCAACCACGCGGGAAAGUGCCAAUCUGCCAGGAGCAUAGCGAGGAGAAUUGCCCGAGCGAGAAUGAACGCGAGUUCGAGUCGCUGGAGUACGAGGAGGAUGCAUAUUAUUCGAAGCUGACAACGACGCCGAGCUUCGACGACAUCGACGAACUGGGCGACGAAGAGGUAGACGAGCUAGUGGUCCACUGCUGGCGCGACUCCAACGGCGACAUCGACGAGAUUGUCGUGGACGACGGCAACCUGUCCUUAGAAACGGAGUUUCUGCAGGAAGGAUCACAUGAUGGGCGCAAGAGGAAGAAGAAGCGAUCGAUCCGCGUGAUCUUCCAGGAUUUCUCCAAACCCUACCUCGCCAAAAUCAGCAAUAGUCAAAAUUAUAAAAAGUUCCUCGAGCUGAUAAAAGGAGAAGACGCCUCGCUCCACUCGGGUGGCUCUCUAUCUCCAUCGUCGGAUAACAUAGCGAAUGAGCUUCAAGGACUUACUUUGGAGCAGCAAGAACAACAGAGGGCCGAAUGGAGUGCCGAAUUAGCAAAGGUCGAAGAAGAGAUACAGACUCUGAGACACGUUCUCGCCAAUAAGGUCAAGGUUUCACAGGAUCUUAAAAGGAAACUUGGCAUUAGUGUCUGGAAGGAACUCACUGACGAUGUUAAUCAAGGACUCAAGAACGUUAAAGAAAGUCAUGUUUAUCAGUACAUUGGCGAGACAUUCGGUCACUUAACUAGGACAAUCUCCGCGAACAGUUUAUACCAAAAGACGGAAUCUGUAUUGAAAUCUACGGCUGAGAAAACGACAAGUAUUCUGGGUGGUUUUGGUAGUGGUAUUACUAUGAAAUUGGGCCAGAUGCGCAAUUCUGACAGCUUUCGAUCGCUAGAGGAAAGGGUUGGAUCCGCCUGUGAGAAUAUCAAGACGAAAGUCGUCCCUUCGAGGUCCGGCUCGACGCAGAGUUUCGACGAGGCGCUUCGGGAGUCAGAAGCAAUGAGGCGCGCAUCCGCAGGUCCGACAGCCACUAGUCCGACCAUUCCUGAGGACAAGAUGCUCUCUUAGAGCCCAAAACCGCGCGAAAUCUGCACGUCUCCUUCGCGCGAUACAAAAUGUUGAGACCGCGCUAUAAUUAUUACUGUGUUCGUCUAUUGCAAGCGCUUUAGCGAGCCAAAUGGCGUAUCCGUGCGGGUCGGAGUUUUUCGGUACUUUGUUCAAUCGAGACUUCGACCACGAACACGUUCAAGUACUAUCCUAUUCUCUAUCCAAUAAAAGUAUAUAUUUUUCUUGCACGUCAUUCCCACGUCUUUUCCCUCGCAGGAUCGCCUCUUUCUCCGGGUCACUGUCAGGACAUCCUUAAUGGAAAGUGACCCAUACAAUUUUUAUACUUGAUACUAAAGAGCGCGUACUCGACAAUGAGAUCUUUUCCAAACAAUGGAAUGCCUUUUAAAAUUCUUUUAUAAUUAAUUGUGAUUUGUAAAUACAAAUAAAAUAUAUUUGAGGCUCGAAUCGGAACUGAUUAUUUAUAUGCCGCGAAAAACUCCAUUUUUAAUAAUAAAAUUGACAAUAAAACCGCGAAAAA